CGGCGGCCUUCUCGUGAAUUUCCGGGUGUGUUUAUUUGCGUGCGCGUGGCCGCGACGUCCCAGCUGGGCCCGCAGGCGGGUUUUGAAAGCUCCGGGGUCCUGAGGCGGAGAGGCUGCCUUUAUUUCUGUGCGGAAGGAGUAAGGGGGCCGGCCGUGAGGAGUCUGAGGGGGUCAGCGACCCGCGAGGACAUGACGUAGCCGCGGCGGCGGCGGCGUCCAGAGUGGCCCCCGGCUCCCGCCCGGCUGCAAUUGCAGCCUGAGGGAAGGAGCCACAGCCCUAGUGACCCUCCUUCCUUUGUGUCUGGGUUGGAGUUAGCACCUCGGCGCCCCGGGACUGCGACGGCCGCCCUGUGGGGGUGACGCCCCCUUCUCUGCGGGUCGGAGGUUCGCGGGGGGCCUUCAGGUACCCCCCUUGCUGCGGACGCUCAGCUCAUGGUUGACAGCUCAGAGAAAGAAAAACCUGAGGGAAGAUGGAUGCAAAAGCUCGAAAUUGUUUGCUUCAACAUAGAGAAGCCUUGGAAAGGGACAUCAAAACAUCCUACAUCAUGGAUCACAUGAUUAGUAAUGGAGUUCUAACAGUGUCAGAGGAGGAAAAAGUGAAAAAUGAGCCCACCCAACGGCAACGAGCAGCUAUGCUAAUUAAAAUGAUACUUAAAAAAGAUAAUUAUUCUUAUAUAUCAUUCUACAAUGCUCUACUCCAUGAAGGUUACAAAGAUCUUGCUGCCCUUCUGCACGGUGGCAUUCCUGUCGUCUCUUCUUCUGAUGGCAAAGAUUCAGUUAGUGGAAUAACUUCAUAUGUAAGGACAGUCCUGUGUGAAGGUGGAGUACCACAGAGGCCCGUUGUUUUUGUUACUAGGAAGAAGCUAGUGAAUGCAGUUCAGCAGAAGCUCUCUAAGCUGAAUGGUGAACCGGGAUGGGUCACCAUAUAUGGAAUGGCAGGUUGUGGGAAGUCUGUAUUAGCUGCAGAAGCUGUUCGAGAUCAUUCUUUCCUAGAAGAUUGUUUCCCAGGGGGUGUGCAUUGGGUGUCAGUUGGGAAACAGGACAAAUCCGGGCUUCUGAUGAAGCUGCAGAACCUUUGCGCACGGUUGGAUCAGGAUGAGAGCUUCUCCCAGAGGCUUCCACUUAAUAUUGAAGAGGCUAAAGACCGUCUCCGCAUUCUGAUGCUGCGCAAACAUCCAAGGUCUUUAUUGAUCUUGGAUGAUAUUUGGGAUCCUUGGGUGUUAAAAGCUUUUGACAAUCAGUGUCAAAUUCUUCUCACAACCAGAGAUAAGAGUGUUACAGAUUCAGUAAUGGGUCCUAAAUAUGUAGUGCCUGUGGAGAGUGGUUUAGGAAAAGAAAAAGGACUUGAAAUCUUAUCCCUUUUUGUUAAUAUGAAGAAAACAGAUUUGCCAGAACAAGCUCACAGUAUUAUACAAGAAUGUAAAGGUUCCCCUCUUGUAGUGUCUUUAAUUGGUGCACUUUUACGAGAUUUUCCCAACCGCUGGGAGUACUACCUCAGGCAACUUCAGAAUAAGCAAUUUAAGAGGAUAAGAAAAUCUUCAUCUUAUGAUUAUGAGGCUCUAGAUGAAGCCAUGUCUAUAAGUGUUGAAAUGCUCAGAGAAGAUAUCAAAGAUUAUUACACAGAUCUUUCCAUCUUUCAGAAAGAUGUUAAGGUGCCUACAAAGGUGUUAUGUAUCCUCUGGGACUUGGAAACAGAAGAAGUUGAAGACAUAUUACAGGAAUUUGUUAAUAAGUCUCUCUUGUUCUGUGACCGGAAUGGAAAAUCAUUUCUUUAUUAUUUACAUGAUCUGCAAGUGGAUUUCCUUACUGAAAAGAAUCGCAGCCAGCUUCAGGAUCUACACAAGAAGAUGGUCACUCAGUUCCAGAGACAUCACCGGCUGCAUUCUCUUUCACCAGAUCAGGAGGACUGCAUGUAUUGGUACAAUUUUUUGGCCUAUCACAUGGCCAGUGCUAAUAUGCACAAAGAACUGUGUGCUUUAAUGUUUUCCCUGGAUUGGAUUAAAGCAAAAACGGAACUUGUAGGCCCUGCUCAUCUGAUUCAUGAAUUUGUGGAAUACAGGCAUAUAUUGGAUGAAAAGGAUGGUACAGACUGUGAGAAUUUCCAGGAGUUUUUAUCUUUAAAUGGACAUCUUCUUGGACGACAGCCAUUUCCUAAUAUUGUGCAACUGGGCCUCUGUGAACUGGAAACUUCAGAGGUUUAUCGGCAAGCUAAGCUGCAGGCCAAGCAGGAGGUCGAUAACGGAAUGCUUUACCUGGAGUGGGUAAACAAAAAAAACAUGAAGAACCUCUCCCGCUUGGUUGUCCGCCCCCAUACAGAUGCUGUUUACCAUGCUUGCUUUUCUGAAGAUGGUCAAAGAAUAGCUUCUUGUGGAGCUGAUAAAACUUUACAGGUAUUCAAAGCUGAAACAGGAGAGAAACUUCUAGAAAUCAAGGCUCAUGAUGAUGAAGUGCUUUGCUGUGCAUUCUCUGCAGAUGACAGAUUUAUAGCAACCUGCUCAGUGGAUAAGAAAGUGAAGAUUUGGAAUUCAAUGACUGGGGAACUAGUGCGUAUCUAUGAUGAGCACUCAGAGCAAGUCAACUGCUGCCACUUCACCAACAACAGUAAUCACCUUCUCUUAGCCACUGGUUCAAAUGACUACUUCCUUAAACUCUGGGAUCUGAAUCAAGAAGAAUGCCGAAAUACCAUGUUUGGCCAUACAAAUUCAGUCAGUCACUGCAGAUUUUCACCAGAUGAUCAGGUUUUGGCUAGUUGUUCAGCUGAUGGAACAUUAAAGCUUUGGGAUGUGAAAUCUGCAAACGAGAGGAAAAGCAUUAAUGUGAAGCAGUUCUUCCUGAACUCAGAGGAGCCUCAGGAGGAUCUGGAAGUGAUAGUGAAAUGCUGCUCGUGGUCUGCUGAUGGUGCUAGGAUAAUGGUGGCCGCGAAAAAUAAAGUCUUUCUCUUUGACAUUCACACCAGUGGCCUGUUGGCAGAAAUCCACACGGGUCAUCAUAGCACUGUCCAGUACUGUGACUUCUCCCCCUACAACCACUUGGCAGUGGUGGCUUUGUCCCAGUACUGUGUGGAGUUGUGGAGUAUGGACUCACGCCUAAAAGUAGCUGAUUGCAGAGGACAUUUAAGUUGGGUCCAUUGUGUGAUGUUUUCUACUGAUGGAUCAUCAUUUUUGACAUCUUCUGAUGACCAGACAAUCAGGCUCUGGGAGACAAAGAAAGUAUGUAAGAACUCUGCUACAGUGUUAAAGCAAGAAAUGGAUGUUGUGUUUCAAGAAAAUGAAGUGACGGUUCUUGCAGUUGACAAUAUAAGGCGUCUGCAACUCAUUAAUGGAAACACAGGUCAGAUUGAUUACCUGACUGAAGCUCAAGUGAGUUGCUGUUGUUUAAGUCCAAAUCUUCAGUACCUUGCAUUCGGAGGUGAAGAUGGAGCCAUUCAGAUUUUAGAACUCCUGAACAACAGAAUCUUCCAAUCCAGGAAUGGGCACAAGAGCACUGUUCGACACAUCCAGUUCACAGCUGAUGGAAAGACUCUUAUCUCAAGCUCUGAUGAUUCUGCAGUUCAGAUAUGGAAUUGGCAAUCAGAGGACCCUUUCUUUCUCCAAGCCCACCAGGAAACAGUGAAAGACUUUAGACUCUUGAAAAAUUCAAGACUGCUUUCCUGGUCAUUUGAUGGAACAGUAAAGGUAUGGAAUAUUAUUACCAGAAGACUAGAAAAAGACUUUGUGUGUCACCAUGACACAGUUCUUUCUUGUGAUAUUUCCUCUGAUGCUACUAAGUUUUCUUCUACCUCUGCUGACAAGACUGCAAAGAUUUGGCGUUUUGAACUCCUUUCUCCUCUUCAUGAAUUGAGAGGCCACAAAGGCUGUGUGCGCUGCUCUUCCUUCUCUGUGGACAGUGCCCUGUUGGCGACUGGAGACGACAAUGGAGAAAUCAGGAUAUGGAAUGUCUCAAACGGUGAGCUUCUUCAUUUGUGUGCUCCGAUUUCAGUAGAAGAAGGAGCUACUACUCAUGGAGGCUGGGUGACCGACCUUUGCUUUUCUCCAGACACCAAAAUGCUUGUUUCUGCUGGAGGAUAUCUCAAGUGGUGGAAUGUUGUCACUGGGGAAUCCUCACAGACCUUCUACACAAACGGAACCAAUCUUAAGAAAAUACAUGUGUCCCCUGACUUCAAAACAUAUGUGACUGUUGAUAAUCUUGGUAUUUUAUAUAUUUUAAAGAUUUUAGAAUAAAAUAGUUAAGUGGUGAUGUAAGUUGACCUCUUGUAAUUUUGAGUUGGAAAAAAAUCCUAAUGAAACUCUGUACUUUAACUUUUAUAAAGCUGUGAAUUGUUUUGUAGUAUUGCAUUAAUUACAAAAGUGUUUGUGGUUGGAUGAAUAAUAUUAAUGUAAUUUUCCCCAAAUGAACACACCUUUAAUCUUAUUUUUCAUAAUCACCAUUAUUUUUUAACAGUUUGUCCUUAAGAUGCAAAUGAAAAUGUGAAUGUGUACCUAGUUAUACCAUUGGUAAAAUUCUCCCUUGCUGCAUUCAAAUUGGUUGACAUAAUUAAUGAGAAUAAUUGGAAGGAAAUGCAUAUAUUUUAAUACUGUCAUCGGUGCAGGCCGUGCCUCAGGGUGGUGGUAGCCUGCUUUCUGAACCACACCCCAAGGGGGGUAUAUAAUUCUCUCAAAUAUAAUCACAGAGCCUAUUUGCACCCCUUAAAAUUUACUUUCAAAAUAUUGUGUCUAUGUGCACAGUUUGCAAAAUUUUCUUUAAUUCACUUGAUAAGUGAGUCUUAGAUUUCAAAAGUUCUCUCUGUGAAGCAAAUGUUAUGUGUGUUGGAGAGAGUAAAUUUUGUCGGUCUACCUUUUUUCCUUAGCUUGUGGCAGCCCCAGGCUGGACCUGGAGUCUGUCAGUCUCUGGACUGGGCACUCUCCUGCUCUCUCUGGUUUUUUACGUACCAGACUUCCUACUUGACUGAACUUAACCUUUCUUAAUCCUCACUUUCUCUCUUUUCUUAAAAGUAAUUGCUCCACAUUUAAAUGUUAGUAAAUUGGAAUAAUUGAGGAGGAGCUAAUUUUAAUCAUAAGUUUUAACAACAGACUUUUUCUAAGAUAUAGAAAAUAGUAAAAAAAAAAAAAAAAUUUUUUUUUUUCUUCUAAAUUCCAUUUACUUUUAGAUGAAUGGCCUUGCCAGUGCUGUUCUCUUAGUGAAUUUCAAGAGAAUCUCUGGUUUUCUACACCAUACUGGAAGAGUCGCUGUGGCUGGAAGAUGUCACCUUUAACCUCCCAGCCAGUCUGUUUUUCUUCCCUUCUCUUCCUCCUCCUUUUUCUCCCUCCAAAGUUAAUUAAAAACAGAAAUUAGAAAAGAUAGUUUUUGACAGGGAAAAGCAUAUCAAUAUCAGUAACUAGCUUUUUUGACCUCCUGAUUAGGAAUUUUAUUUGCAGCUUAAAUCCAAACAUUUUCACUGAAAUAUAUUGUUAAGUGUUAGUAAUAGAUGUGGUUCUUACAUAAAAAGACAACCAAAAUUCAAAACUUUUUGUUGCUGUAAGAAGAACUAAAUCAAGUGAACAUUAGCUUCAAUAGUAGGCAAGCAUUGAGCCAGUUUCUGUUGGUGCAUAUUAGUAGAUGUGGGGUGGGUAGGGGGAAUAGACCACUUCAGAUGUAUUUUAGAUUAGAUAUUCCUAUUUAGCAUUUGAGGGAACCAUAAGUAGAGUGAAUAAAAUACUUUGAUUAGAAGAUUUGUUUUUGUUUUUUUUGUUUGUUUUAUGGUGGGUUGAGGAACUGAUUUAUGGACUUACUGUGACUUAAGCAAAUGUGAUGUGAAAAUCUCAAUUUCAUAAAAAUGUUUUAUAAUGUUACUCAUGUUCUGUGCAGAGUACCGAAAUCAUAAUUUGAUUUGCAUACAGUGUUAAGGAACUCUGUGUUUAUAGCUCAUUGUAUAAGUUUUAACUUUUGGAAUUAAGUCACUUGACUAUAAAAAUAUAGCAACAGAUAAGCCUUUAAAAAUGCCUUGAUUGGCCCUUAUCUUACAAAUAAAAAGAAAAAUAAGAAGAAAGACCAGGUAACAUGAGGGAAGAGGAAAAGCCUUUCAAGGCAGCUUAAGUGGCCAGUCAAGGGGAGGGUUUUGUUUUUUACUUUUGGACGAGCAUUUUUCAAACAUUUCUCCUUGCUUUAUUAUUAUUAUUUUUUAAUUGGAAAUACAUUGCAUUUUGUAUGUGUAAGUUUUUUUUUUUUUUUUUACAUUGGAUGUGUUUUGUUUGUUUUGAAAACUGUUUUGUAUUUGUGAUACGCUUACAUGAUUUUUUUGCCUUGGUAUACAUUUUUAAUACAUGAAUUAAAAAUUUUAUAAUAAUAAAAUUCCUAAAAUAUU